AUGUUAACCGUUAUGGGUACUCGUUUCACCAGCGUAACAACGCCUAACGAUGGUGAUGAAACAACAAAUCUGACAUUUUCCAAGCAAAAAUGUCACAGUUUAUAUGAGUCAAGUGUAGUUGCAUCAAUUUUCGAUGAUGAUGAGUCAUUUACGGAAUCUGUACGAAGUGGCAGUUAUGAGAGGUUAGAAGACAAAAACGAGGAAUGUGGAAUGGAGCGGAAAGAGAGAGCUGUGUUAAGCGACAUGAAUGCUGACGGUGAUUUAUUGGCGGUUGCAAUAGGCGAGGACAUUUCAAUAUUUAGUUUUGAUUGUGGUACGAGAUUCAUCGUUACAGUGCAUCUUGGAGAAAAUAUCGAUCCAGUCGCUAUGAGAUUCAUGCCCGUAGUAAAUUUACUAGCAGUUUUGACGAAUUGCGGAAAUCUGAUAUUUCUUAGUAUUGGUUCCAACCGUAUAAUACAUCAAGUGAAGUUAAUGGAAAAUAAACGAAUACAAGGUGCAUCUAUCAGCUGCUAUCUGCAGCUCGAAGAUGCGAGGAUGUGCAUCAUCCUAGAAAGCGGUGAAAUAUAUUCAUUUUCUUUUCCGAAUUACUCCGAAUAUUUUCAUAAAGAGCAGGACAUCGAAAUCGAAAUAUCGAAUAGACAGAAGGGCAUGGAAAACAUGAUUUGGAAACAGUUCGAGACACAUUACACUGGCAAAGACUGUGUAAUCAUUGGCCAGCUUAAUGCUCUUUUGCUUUUGUCAUCGGAGCAAAAUGCGAGAGUAGCACUGCUUGAUUUAUCUGCAGAAAAAUUGGACAAAGCUCUAGACGAGUUUUAUUCAUCUGAUGUUUCGGGCAUCGUACGAAUUCGGCAUCUUACACAUCGUGAGAAGCAUACAUCCCGUCUGAUUUUCCAAUUUAUCAUGGCUUUGACCACGGCUGGGCAACUGUUCAUUUGGGAUGCCGUAACAACUAUGCUAAUUUCUUCAGUUGUUCUUUUGAAAACUGGUGAAGUAGCUAAAGAUUUUAUGUUUUUUGACGACAUUCCAGAUAGGGAAGGCAAAAUAAAUGAAAACACCAAACUGCUUCAAAUUCGCAAUUUUCGAACAUGUGAUAUAAUCUAUGCGAAAGUAGUGACCAGUACAACACUGUUACUGAACAAAGUUACUCGCGAAGAAGGAUUGGUACUUUUUAUACAGCUUUUCGCAUAUGAAUGUAGUGAAUUGAAUGCAGUCAAGGUCCAUGCAGUUUAUGAAUGUCAACCAGAAAUGCGUUUAGAUCAUUUAGUAUAUCAGCAACGAUGGCUUGAAGCUGAGGAAUUUGCUCAAACAUUCAGCUUGAACAUGGAGAAAAUUUAUGUAGCUCGUAUUGAACAUUUCGUGGAUGCAGGGAUGAUGAGUCAGACUGAUUUCGGAACAUACCACGAAUUAGACAAGUUUUUUGGAUGGAUGGCGCAAGUUUCAGAUCAGAAUUGGGUGGCUGAAAUGUGUAUAGCUACAAUAAUGUAUUGUUCAAGCCACUUAUGGGUCAAGAAAACAUUAGAUUUCGUGAAAAACCUCGAAAUUACAGAUAAUGAGACGAAGGCGAAGUUAUCUCAGAUGCGCUACAACUACCAAUCAUAUCGCGAAGUGCUUGGUCCUUGGCGAAAACCGUGCUGUAAUAAAUUUUCGGGAAUUGAUUUGUGGUCAGAAUUCAUUGGCGGUUCCUCAUGGGAGUAUAUCUUCGAAAUUUUCUGCAAGAAUGCACAAUUCUGUGAAGCACGAUUGAUAUGGUGUCGCUAUCGGAAAACGCUGGAAGAGUGGAUUAAAGAGAAAGGAAAUUUUGAACGUUUAUUGACAGAAAUUCAUCUCACAGUUCGUGGUGUGGUUAGCGACGUCAUGGAAGCAGUAUGUUUUCUAGAAGAAGACAUCAUCCCUGUCGUAAUCCUAAAUGACCCUAGAACUUGUUGCUCAUAUUGCACGACAUUUUUAAUGGACGUUGCUCGUGCAGUCGAAACAGAAGACCCGGAACACUUUCCUGGAAACUCGCUUAAAAUUGCCUCAGCCAUGGAAAGAGUUGUACAGAACUUACUCAAUUGCUCUAUAACUCCAUGUCGCCAGGCAGAAGUUGCGUACGCGCUCUCAGUUAUCAGGUAUUAUUCUGAAGAUACGGAUGAUUUGAUGAGAGAAUUAAAUGUUUAUGUAAAAAAUUUGCGUUCAAUGGAAAAGCUAAAAAACGUUUAUCAAUGUACGAUGAGUUACAAUACUUUUCAGGAACAAACAGUAGAAUCUAUUUGUUAUAUAAUAUUGGAACGGGUGAAAAGUGUGCAGUUGAUAAAAAGUAAUAUUGAUCAAUAUGGAAGAGCUUAUAUGAACGAAUUUAAAUUAGAUCCUGACCGUACGCUCUACAAUUACAUUUUGAAAAUUGCAAUUACUUCUGCCGGUGUCGUCUCCAGUUCUAAUCCGUGGGAUGAACGGUGUUUGGCUAUAGCAGAAAGUAUUUCAAAUUUGGAUUUACGAUGUGAAGCGCUGAUUGAUGUUGCAAAACGUGCUCAUCCACCAUGGACAAAGCAGCUGUCAAAUGCCGUGAACAUAAUGUUAAGAGAUCCCAGGCUUGAUUUUAAAACGGUAUCCCGCUUGCAAGAGCAAUGUGAUUUUGCCGCACUGGGGGAACGGAUGGUACAAUAUCAUUUACCGAUGCAAACACUUGAAAGAUAUUUGCAACAAAAACAUUUGUUUAGCAAAGCUGUAGAAUUUAUUUUUCGGCAGGAAUCUGUGGAAGCUCACCCUCAACAUAGACUUAACAGUGCUCUGGAGAUAAUUAAAUUAGCGGGAAAGUUGAAGAAGAACUUAAUGGAAUGGCAUGAAUGUGUUUUUCGUUUCUGUCUUUAUUUGAUCAAUGCAAAACUGAUGAACGAAUUGUUUGUGGGUGUUGUUUCUUAUCUCGGUGAUCUGAAUGAAAUGGACCGGAAUUGUGUUAUCAAUCGGCUUAUGUCAUACGUAGAAGCAAUAUUAAAUUGUCCGGUUUUCCUUCUGACAGAAAGGGAAAAAGAAAUUCGAUUGCGAACGGUGGAAGCCAUUUCAUGUAUCUUGGAACGGUUUAGGAAGGAUGAAAUGCUUUUGUCUGAAUUGAAUGCCACUCGAAAGCUGCAAAUUGAUCAUGAUAUGAUUACGCAUUUGCCAUUCCUGCGGAGUAACUCUUGGAAAUCAGCAAAACUGCGGCAUUUUAUGGAUUGUCACUUUGCUGGUGGUGGUAUCCCUGCAAGGAUAACCGAGCUUUUGAAAUUAUCAAAUGCCCUGAUGAUGGAAGAAAAUGCAAUAUAUGAAACAGCGCUUCAUUGUGCUUUGGAGAAUCGUAACCCCAUAGCAGCCUUGGAAUAUGCGAAAUUUGCGAUGAAAGAUGAGAAAAAACCAAGUGAACAAUUAUUGACACUUGUAGUGCAAAGCUGUAGCUAUGGAUUAUGGAUCAUGUCUGAAUUAGUUGAGAAUAGUGAUUUUGAGCUGAUUGCACAUUUUUUAAAUUUGUUCGAAGCAGUUGUUUCGCAGUGCAUGUCUGAAAAUCUGGUGGGAGAAAGCGAAUACGCAAACGAAAAGGCAUGCUUAAUAUAUGGAUUUGGGAGACGAGUUAACGUUUAUCAUUACAGAAUGGAUGGCACUCUUUUCAAAAAAAGUGACGCCAUACAACAAUUAUCUGCUGUGGCCCGCUCUGUUGUUUUUGAUGUUUUGAAAGACACUGAUUUGAUUGAUAUCAAUAGGAAUGAUUUGCUGGAAUAUUACGAAAAGAUGCGCAUGGCAUGGGAAAGUUUCUUCUCCUAUCUCAUUCUCAACAAUCAGAUUCUGAUAACAAUUUGUGCUCGCCUCUCAUUUACAUUAUUAGCAUGUUACUUGGUACCGAAUCACGUUAGUUUUGCUUAUUCUGAGUUGCAUGGGAUUACUGAAUUGUUUAUGGAGCGAGUUUUAAUACAAAACCAUGCCGAUCUUGAACUUUGCUCCGCGUUCAUUUUUUCUGCUCCAGUUGCCGAUAUUAAAAAGGUUUUAUUAAAAACGCGGUCUUGGUGUAUAACACGAAAAUCGCCUCACAUUAUGCUCAAUUUAAUUCGUCUCGUUCGAUUUUACGCCGUCAUACUUGAUGAUCAUUCUAUCGAUAAGCAACUUGGCCAUUAUUAUGCACUGACCUUGUGGAUCAAGAAAUUGGGAAGAUUGAAUGCUGAUUUCCCGCAGAAUGUAUCAUUAGAUGUAACAGUUCAGGAAUUCGUUCGCUGCCUCAUUCCACCGGAAAUAUUAAUCGAAUUUUGCAAGGAUUUUUCAUUGGAAAUCACCGAAGCACUGAUUUUAUAUGCAACAAAAAUGGCGCUCAAAGCCUCUAUAGAAGAAGAUCAAAUAUUAGCGACAGAAAUGCGUUUUACUGUGUUCACAGCAUUACAGAAAAUUGGUGUCACGGAGAAUCUCUUCAUGCAGCUUUAUGCUUGUUUGAUGAUGCUUUGUCCUUAUAAUUAUGAAAUGAUCGAAGUGAUAAUCAGUGGAAUGGAGAAGUAUAUCGAUGAUGAUAAUGGCGAUCAAAUUGAAAUAUUACGGAGAGCUUCCAUAACAAUCCGAUUUCUAGAAAUCAAUGAGCGUGUGAGUCCUCCAACCAACCACGAGAUACGGUGGUACCAUGAGCGGCAAAAAUUUCUUGUCAAAAAGCAAAGUUGUAGCCACGAUUUAACAGUGAAAAUUUCUGGGGAAGAAGAUUUGACCACUCUGGAGGAAGAUGGUAACGACUUGCUGUACAGAAAAGCAAAUCUACUCUUUAGUCAACUUCCCAGCCGAGCUUGCCAUCGUCUACCGUUUCAUCCGUUCAUGUUUGAAAAUGAAAAAGAUUUGCAGAAUAUUUUGCUCCCAAUGAUUCAUGCCGAACUUACACUUCACAAUGUUGAUAAUUGGCAGAUGUUUGUUCGAGCGUUGCCUGAAAUUGAAAUCUCCAAAUCAGAUCUCUUAUCCAGUGCUGUUUUACUGGCCGUUCAAGCAUGCAUUACCAAGCAUACUGAUAUGGAUGAGAGUGAUAUUGAACGAAUCAGGCAACUGGUUAGAAAAGCCACCAAUCGCCUUCGAACAUUGAAAGGUUUAACGGAUGGCUUCAAACAUUUGCCAUUAAGUAGAACAAAACUGCGCUUUUUAUCUCUGGGCAUCGAUAUCAUUGAAGAAUGGCUUGCAAAUUUGAAGCAUGAAUCAGCCGAGAAAAGAAUCGAAGAUAUUGGCUUUUUGAAACACUUUCGUCAGAAUUUGGAAGAAGCUUACAGAAGUUACAAUACCGAGUUUGUGCUUAAAAAGUAUGGACUUCUGCGGCCAGAGACAGUGGAUUUGUUAUCCACACCACAAAAUCUUAUCGAGCACAUUUACACAAAUGAAAUUGAUUGGAAUUGCUGCGAAGAAAUUAAUGACAAGAUUCCAUGCACAAUUGAAUUGGCUGAUAUAUUUGCUUUGCAUCUAGAUACGAUUCAGGACAGAGUUAUCCAACAGUGGCUUGAAUUGAAUGCUGAAAAAGCUGUGGUUUUUGAUCCUAAUGAUACAAAUUUAAGUGAUGCACCAUUAAUGUCGAUAGUGACCAAAGAAAGUAACGAAGUAGUUUACAAAUUGCCAUAUUCCGAUCCUACAGUCUCAAGGAUUGUGCGAUUAUCACGUUUACGAGGCUACAAAAAAGCAGCUUAUGCUCUUACAAAUAUUUGUCGGCAGGGUUCAUAUGGGAACAGAAUACGUAGUGUUUGUUGCUUGUUGCGAUUACUGCGAUCAGAACAGUUUCCAGAAAUUAUGAAAAGUGAUUUAAGCAAUGUAUGUUCAAUGUUGGAAAUAAUGCUGUAUUCUCGAAUGAUUGAUGAGUAUGAAAUUGAUCUGAACAUUGAAACAUUUCAUUCAGCGGAGAAAAACGUUCUGCUCAAAUCCUUGAUAAAUAGUAGCAGGCAAACACCGCAACUGACUUUGUUUGUGGCAUCUGUGGUGAUAGAUUAUCAACUGCUGGAACCAUCCAUGACCGAUUUGCUUUUAACCAAACUUUAUCUCGAAAGAAAGUUCGAUAUGCUCAUCGAACUGUUAAACUAUUGCGCCACCAAUAAUAGUAUUCUGUCUCAUAUAAAAAAUAUUGAGCAAAAAUGGUUUUAUGCUGCUCAGUGGUUGUUUUCAUCUGCAGGUAUAUUUAACAUGGACGAAUUCGAAAAAUUAUGGGUGUCUCAAGUGAAGGGAAGUCAUAAUAAAAAGCAACAAUUUGAUAGAUCUCUUUUAUUCUCUUUAAGUUGCCCGAUGGAAUAUGGCCGUUCAGCUAAUGCAUUAUUACAUUCACUGCAGCGCGAUAAUUUCCCAGUUGCUCAUCGCUUAUUGGUUUUAGCGUCAUCAGCAGUUGCAGAAGAAACUGAAGAAAGUUUUGAAAAUUGCUUUGAAAGUUUCACGCGUUCGAGUCUCGAUUAUUCACUGAAAUGGAAGCGAUGAUUUUUUAAGCUGGAGUCGCAUUCGUUCUAAAUUUUUUCUUAUUGCCUGUAAUCGCUGUGUUUGAUGUAUUCCUCUCUGUUUUCUAUCUUUCGUUAAUAAACAGGUAAUAAUCAGAAUAAUUUUGCGGGAGCGACCACACCAC